CAGAGCCGAGCAGGUCCACAACCCGAGGCAUGAAAAUAGAAGCGAAAGUUGCCUUGGGAUUAUAAUUUAGACGUCUAACUUUUAAUUUAGUUUGUUUAUCUGGAGGCUUGUAGGGUCGUGUGUGCCGGCUGGCUAAACAGCACCAUGUUUAUCUCCUCGCAGAGGUCAGCACCCUCCUUCAGAGAUUUUACCCUCGUCAUGCCUGCGGUUGCCGUAGGUAACGUGGGUCAGCUGGCCGUGGAUCUCAUCGUGUCCACUCUGAACAUGAGUAGGGUGGGCCACAUACAUACUGACUGUCUCAUCCCGAUGGCCGGGAACAACCCGUAUGCCAGCUGCAAAGAAGAUGGCGAGGAGCUGCACACUCCUGCUGAAGUUUACGCAGCAGCAGAACUGAAGCUGGCGGUCCUUCAGAUCAGAGCACCAAUUCUUCAGUCAAAGACCAAAAAGUUUCGUCAGCUGCUCGUGUCCUGGAUCAAAUCCAGCGGCUUCUCUAGGACUGUCGUCCUCUCCAGCAGCCACGCCUACCAGAGAGAUGACCAGCAGCUGCAGGGCACUCCUUUGAGGUACCUGGUCACGCCGUCCCUGCUGAAAGGGAGCGCGGACGCUUUGAAGGAGCUGGGCUGGAGGGAAAUGGAGCGAGUCCCGGCCUUCCCUGGACUCACAGACGGAAACACGGAACCACGACUCUGCAUCCCCGGAGGAGGCAUCACCAAAGGACUUUACACAGACAGUUGCAAAGAGGACCUCCCGCUGGCUGUGCUGCUCCUCUUCUGUUCAGAAGGCGACAACAUCCCCGAUGCCUUCGCUCUGGCGAACCACCUCAACGACUGGCUCCAUCUGCUGGACGAUAAUAGCAAACAGCCCAACAAAUGGAAGAUCCCGACUUCCUGGAGUCUUCUGUUUGGAAACGGCAUCCCGCCUGCACUGUUCUGAUAUAAGUGUAUAGUGUUUUAGUUUUUUACCCUCUAUAAUUCAUGUUUAAUGCAAGACGUUUGCUCCACAUAUUGUUGUUUUCAGACCUCAGCAAACUCUCGACUGGGGUCAAACCCGGUGACUGAUGGCAGCGCUGACAUAUAGAAAGAUGGAAAUUGCCCACAUAAAUCUCCUCUGUCUUGGAAAUUUAUCUUAAAUAACUCAAACAUGACAAAAUAAAAUGUACAAAUACAGGAUGUGACCCAAA